CCUUUUUGUUCCCAACGUGAGAAUUUUUCUCACACAGUGGCACAAAAACUUUGACUGUAAACUGAGACAGACUCAAAAUAGGAGCACCAGGACUCCACACUGCCACACAGGGAAGUACAUCUUUCAACUUUAUGGAAUAUAUCGCUUCCUAAGAGUGGGGAAUGCUUCUGUUUCAAGACAGGUGGACUCUGUUCUCCAACCAUACCGGGUAUAUUACAGCGAGAAAGGUUUCCAGCCGUUGAACUGCUUGACUUCACUGGAUGUGUCAUGGAAAUCUGCUGCUGGAGGAAAGUUAACUGUACUGCUGACAACGUACAGCAAGGAGUUGCCUUCACUUGACAUUACGAAAAGCAGCUAUACUGACCUGUAAAAGUGUCAUUAAACCUUCUUCCAGGACAAGAUUAGAGAAGUGUUAGAGGUCUAUCCAUACAAAGGCCGUUUGUUUCCUGAAACCAUUAGAAGUGAAAGUGUGGCAGCUUGAAUAAAUACAGGUGGAAGGAUAAAUAUUUUUAAGAGACACUGGGACUACAACUUAUAGAAAGUACAAAUGGAGAGUAAACAUAGUAACUUGGAUGAAGAAGGGAAGCAGCCUACUAGUUCCAUUUUGAAUGUGUUUAACAAUUUAUUUAUACGGGAUCAUACUGCUACUUUGGAUUCUCCUAUGCCUGUUUUGACAUCUUUCAAAGAGCUGCCAGAUAGUGGAGCUGAAGUAGUAGAAGACUGUCAAAGUAAUAGUGAAGGAGCACUUCAAGACGCUAAAUCAUCCAUAAAAACUACUUGUGAACAAGUGAAAGGACCCCAAAAAGACUCAAAUGAGUCUGAACUCGUUCAAGUCACAAGGGUGGAAACACAUAGCGACACAGAAAAUGAGGAUGAUGAGAAGCCAAAAAGCGGUAUAGGUUUUUCUGAGAAAGAUCCCUUAUCUGAAGGCAAAAAUGUUGUGAAGGGACAGGGGAAGGAAGAUGAGCAACAAAUACCUGUUUUAAGAACACACGGUUUUAGAGAAAGAUCAACCAUAGAGGCCAUUUUAUAUUCUAGUAAGUUUGGUCGCAGAGAUAAAUCUAGCCCAGCAAAGGUAUCAUCAGUGUCCAAGCAGGAAGACGGAGGUAGUACUAAGAAUAGCCAUACUGCAGUGUCCGUUAUUGGAGAAUCUACUGAGGAUAGUCCUAAAUUGGAUUCAGCAGCAGCAUCAGUUGAUGAAGAGUAUGACAGCAUAGAUUGUUCUCAGCCUGUUCCUGUAAUUUCUGGCAAUAAAAUAUUAGAAGUAUCCGCUCAUGAAAAGGACAGGGUCUCUCCAAAAAAACUUACAGAAAACAUAAAAGAAACUGAGGAGCCCCAACCUAAUCAGAUUCCUGAAAAAGUAAUCCAGUCAUCAUCCAAACCAGAGGAACAACAAGAAACUUUUGGCCUGACUCUUUCAGAGCCUAAAAUACCAUCAGACUCUACUGGUAAAAGCCAGCCAUCUGUCAGCUCAUCUCCACAUCAGACACUGGAUUCAAAGAUGCCGCAAUCAAGCACUGCCUCACCAGUUUCAUCUACUGCCACCCAAUCCAAGGGUACAGCACUGUCCUCACCUCCUUCCUUCCAGAUGCCAGCUCUGUUCAGUGGUUUGCGGGUACUAAAGAAAGGAGCAGUGGGGGAUGACAGGGAGGUGGUGUCAGAGAUCAAGCAAAGGGAGAAGGAUGCUGAUCUGGCCUUGCUCAGCCUCAAGAAGACUGUAAACAAAGCCAAGCUUUUCCCUGAACAGAAGAUGUCCUCUGGUGUGAAAAAGCCGAUUGAGUCCAAAUUACUGGCAAUGUCUAAAAGCACCACAUUGGGACAGCUUUCUCAGCGACUCAAAUUAGACAGUCAUGAUGACAGCAAAAAGUCUAAUGAUGGAAAGGAGGGGGAUUUGGAGGGCAAAAAACAUUUGGAAACUGGAGACGAAGAUGAGGUUGCUGGGGAGGCAAACAACAGAACCGGAGUAGAAACUUUAAAGUCGCCACCAGAGAAAAAGAAAACCUCAGACCUGGCUUAUGAAACUUUCAAAAAUGUCUUUGGUCCUAAAAGUGUCAAAAAAGAAAAAGUUGAAGAUAUCGAUCUUGGUGCAGUGAAAAGAAAAUUAAAAAAUAAGGAUAAGGAAAAUCUGCGGUUGAUUUUUGAGAGAACUUCCAAAUGUCCUGGAAAAGACAUUACAAUUUCUACAGAGACUACCACAGAGGUCUCUCCCACAGACAGCGAGGACCGGACUCCAGGUCGUCUGCAAGCUGUGUGGCCUCCGCCCAAACCUAAAGAUGAGGAGGAGAAGGUUGGGCUGAAGUACACAGAGGCAGAGCACCAGGCUGCUCUCUUGCAGCUGAAAAGAGAGUGCAAGGAGGAUCUGGAGAGGAUGCAUGCUGACUUUGAGCUUAAAAUCUUCCAACUUCGAGGUGAGCAUGCUGUCUCAAUAUCACAGCUGGAGGGAGCCCUUGCUAAGCUACGGAAGGAAAAGAUGCACAGUGCAGGCCGGGAUUAUAGUCCUGUCUGCGAUGUGGCUGUACCCAACUCAGAAGAGUUGACUCCUAAGACCAGUCGCACUGUGGGGAUCCAGACUGACAGGGAGACCUUCAUUAAGAGCCCAGAGGGGGAUGAAGGAGGGCCCACUCAAAGCCCCAACCAGCAGCUGCGUAAAAAACUCAACUUGGACUCAGUCGGACUAAAUGUCAAAGCCGAAGCAGGACCUCAACCUUCUGGACCUCCUCCUCCCCCUCCAGCUCUGCCACAGAACCUUUCAGGACCACCACCUCCCCCUCCUCCACCGCCUCUUCCAGGCUUGCCAAUACCACCACCACCUCCUCUCCCCUUCCCAGGCCACACUGGAGGGCCACCUCCACCGCCUCCACCACCUCCUCCUCCAGGGGGUGGUCCACCUCCCCCUCUUCCUCCCCCUCCUCCUCCUGGCAUACCUGGAGGUGGUCCACCUCCCCCUCCACCUCCUCCAGGCUGCGGACCUCCACCUCCUCCCUCAUUGGGGGGGUUUAGCCUGAAAGUUGAGGCUGCCCCGAGGAAACCUGCCAUUGAGCCUGCCUGUCCCAUGAAACCUCUGUAUUGGACCAGGAUUCAAAUACAGGAAAACACCAACAACACACUGUGGGAUUCUCUAAAAGAGCCUGACAUCGUCAACACUAACGAGUUUGAGGAUCUUUUCUCCAAGACCACAGUCAAGCAGAAGAAGAAGCCCUUGUCAGACACCUAUGAAAAGAAAACCAAAGCCAAGAAGAUCAUUAAGCUGCUGGAUGGGAAGCGUUCUCAAGCAGUUGGCAUCCUCAUAUCGAGCCUCCAUCUGGAAAUGAAGGACAUUCAGCAAGCUGUUCUUAAUGUGGACAACUCCGUGGUGGAUUUGGAGACCAUUGAAGCUCUGUAUGAAAAUAGGGCCACCAGUGAUGAGAUUGACAGGAUCCUAAAACAUUAUGAGACUUCCAAAGAAGAUGAAGUGAAACUUCUGGACAAACCUGAACAGUUUCUUUACGAGCUCUCCCUGAUUCCUGACUUUUCAGGCAGAGCUCACUCCAUGAUCUUCCAGUCAGUAUUCCUCGAUACCAUCUCCUCCUUACGUAGCAAGGUGGAAAUUAUCUCCAACGUCUGCAAAGACCUCCAUGAUUGUGAUAGUCUGCAGGAUGUGAUGGGUCUCGUUCUGGCAUUUGGGAACUAUAUGAAUGGAGGGAACAGGACAAGAGGUCAGGCUGAUGGCUUUGGACUGGAGAUCCUCCCGAAGCUAAAAGAUGUCAAGAGCAGGGACAAUCACAUCAAUCUUGUGGAUUAUGUGGUUUUAAACUACUUGCGAAACUUUGACAAACAUGCCGGUACAGAAAAGAGUGUGUUUCCUCUGCCUGACCCUCAAGAAUUUUUCCAGGCAGCACAGGUGAAGUUUGACGACCUUACCAAAGACAUCAGGAAACUGAAGCGGGAUCUAACUGCUUGUGAGAAGAAUGUGGAGAACGUCUGCACUAACUCAUCAGAGGAACACCUGCAGCCCUUUAAGCAGAAGAUGGAGGCAUUUCUGUCAACUGCUCAAAAGCAGCAUUCUGCUGAAGAGGACCGGCUCAAUGGAGCUCAGAAAAGUUUCCAGGACGUGGUGAAUUAUUUUGGUAUAAAGCCAAAGGCUGGUGACAAAGAAGUCACCCCAAAUUACAUCUUUAUGCUUUGGUAUGAGUUCUGCAACGACUUCAAGAACUCCUGGAUACGACAAAGCAAAACCAUCUCCAAGGAGAGGUUGAAGGAAGCUCAAGAAAACAUUAAGAAAAUCACAGCAGAAAAAAGAGUGGAAACCAAAAAGAUUAAUGCCAACAGUCUGAAAGAGAGGUUACGGCAGAAGGAAGCCAACAUGCCGUCCAGCUGAAGGAAAUGAUGAGUGGCAAGGCAGAAGAAGAAAGGUUGCAAUGAGGAAGCCUGCAGACCCCAUCCAUUUUACAUUUUCCACCUGCCUCACAAUAACACAAUAAAACUUGAGCAGAUUUACUGUUGUAUCUUUGCUCCACUAACAGGACCUUCAGCCCCAUCCUUUACACUCCUUUCUACCUCCAUGUUGAGCUUUUUUUUUUUUUGCUCAACUCCUGCAGUGGGUAUCCACAGGCAACACCGGUGAAGUGAUGGGACUCUUGAAGGCCAAAGGUUGACCUCAUUCAUCCGGCAAGCCACGACCUCUGAUUGCCCAGCUUGGGGUAGGUCUCUGGGGUUCACUGGGAUUCUCAGCAAGCUCUGCAAGCUUCCUCCUGGAUCUACAGAAGCUGGGGAUUGUCACUUUUCUAAAUUUCAUCUGACAGCUUACAGGAGAAACUGAAAAUGCUCUGACAAAUUCACAGUUUUUAAGCCCCUGGCAGUGUUGUAGGAACACAUGCUGCUUCCUGUCUCUUGUCUUCUUAGAGCAAAAUCCCUGUUGACAAAACAGAUCUUUCAUUCUCAGAGCAGGAAGUUAGCAGCGUCUUUUGCAGUAUGUAAUGUCUUUGAUUCACCCCUCCUCAUUAAAAAAAAACUUUUGCCAGUGUGUCAUGUCAAAGGAUCUGCAGGGACCGUGCAUAUUUUUGAGGAAUAUGAAUGAUCUACAGUUUUCGGGUGCACAGAUUGCUGUGUAGAAGAUGCGCACAAAUGGUUUGCUUCUGUUGUGUGUUGCACUGCACCAGACUGAGCUAAACCGGGUGAUGGCCAGAAGCGAACAGCAGCUGGCAGCGAGUCUGGCUCAGAGCAUUGGCCUCCUAAAAAACACAAACUUAUAAAAACACCAGAAGAACUCAACAUCACCUGGCUGUACACUCACUUGUGAUAUAAAAAAAGAAAUAAAUCUCUAUUUCACUGUACUCUGCACAGUUUUAUGCACUUUCCCGCUUGCAGUAGCUGUACGCUGUACUCUGUUCUGAUGCCUGCGUGCAUUUUGUUCAGCCUGCUUGCGCUCCUUUCUUUUGCACCUCUUUUACUAUGCAAAACCAUAGGAUUAUACUUUUAAUGUCAUUAUGAAGCCAUGUUAGAAUAGAAGUUAUAUUUUGAAAAUCGAGUAUUAAAAAUUAGUUGUAUGUACAGAUAUCACGUAACCUUUUGUCAGUAAAGCAAAGUCUAUUUAUGUAAAGAAAAAACAUUAUUUCAUGUAAAACAAAAGAAAACAUCAGAUUUAUUACUUUUUCAGCUUGCCUUCUCAUUGUAACUUUGAGUUAAACGUUUCUUGACAAAUUAGAAAACAUAUAUAUUUUCACAUGGAUGCUACUUGUAAGUUGUGCAUAUUUGAAAAAGAAAGUAAACUGAGCUGCCUUUUAUGCUUAGCUUUGUGCUGCUAGGAUUGACUUUUGAAGACAGAACUUGAGCUGUAAUACCUCAGAUGGACUUCCAUUAAUAGGAUUCUCCAAUUCCCUGUUUACCCUCUGUACUUUCUUUUACAGGUGUCUUUUAUUUGUAUGGGAAAUCUAAAGCCUUUAACAGUUUCAAGUUUCUUCAAGUGGCGAGGAAAAUAUAAAUUAGCAGAUGCUACAUCAAUUUGUCGUCAGCAGUUCCUUAUGUAGGUGUAUCGCCCUUUUAUAGAAUUAUUUUAAAUUUCAAAAAUAUACUUAUAAUGCCAAGUGAAACAGUUUGGGUAUGGAUGUAUACUAAUUGUUCAGUUUUAAAGGCCUGUACUGUGUAGAUCUCAUACUUUGAUUUGUUAGAAGGGUUUGGUCAUUCUUAAAACUGCUGAGCAGUCAAAUAAAUUGUGAGUCAGAAUAAAGUCUGGCAGUAGAACAUUGUUUUUGACAUUUAAAAUGGCUUCUUGGAAUCUGAAAUUAAAAAAAAUUAUUUGAACAAGAA